UGUUCCAGCAGUGACAUCAGAAGCAUGAGGUGGACUGUGUUGGUCCUGGCUCUUCUGCUGUCCGUUUCCAUCGGUGGGACAAAUGGGCAAGGCGUCCGAGAUAACAGGGGCACCGAGUUCUUGCUGACAUUUCUGGAAAACUUUCAGAGGCAAGGACAUCAGCCCGCACUGUUCAUCAGCACCCGAUCUCCGACAGCGACCGUUACGAUCACACUCCCUUCUACAGGCCAAACCACCACAGUUACGGCCACCAAUGGGCAGGUGACAGAGGUGGACCUGAAUCGAGUAGCCGUGGAGCUUCGUGGCAGCAGAAAGAGCGACAAGGCCAUCCACGUCACGUCCGAUGAAGAGAUCGUGAUUUACGGAGUGUUUGCUGAAUGGGCCACGUCUGAUGCCUACCUGGCCCUCCCGACAGACGUGUUGGGGACCGAAUACUUCGUCGCCUGUAUGACGGUCCGACGCGCGUGGAGCGAAGAGGGGUGGUAUAACUUGCCAACCGAAAUUGGGAUUGUCGGCGUCUACGACGGGACGACUAUCACCAUUAACCCUACCCAAGACUUGACGUUUGGCGGAACCAACUACCCCGCAGGUCAGGACUUCACGGUCAGCCUGGACAGGUUUCAAACACUUCAGGUACAAUCGACUGAAGACCUGACCGGGUCCAGGAUCACAUCCAGCCAUCCGGUGUCCGUGCUGAGCGGAAACCUGUUCACCGUGAUAGGGAACAAUCAGCAAGGGUCUGGCGACCACAUUGUGGAGAUGAUGCCACCCGUGGACACCUGGGGGAAGGAGUUCGUCACCGCCCCGAUUGCAAAACGGACCGCUGGCGACAUCUUCCGAGUUGUGGCUGCCAGAGACAACACAGAGGUGACUGUUACCGGCCGAAACCCGAGGAAUCUGGACGCAGGGCAAUUCUGGGAAUUUGAGGCUGGUUCGAGCGAGUACUUGCACGUGACCUCCAACGAACCAGUACUGUUGGUACAAUACAGUAAAACAGCAGCUGCCGACAACACGGACACCGACCCGUUCUCCAUGAUCAUCCCUCCUGUGGCCCAGUUUGAGGCAGAUUACACAUUUUCAACGGUCGAGCUCCUCUACAACGGUGGCGCCGGAACCACGCACCACGUGAACCUGGUCAUCCAGUCGGCUGACAAAUCUGGUAUCAUAUUCGAUGGACAACCGUUGCCGGGCAGUACCGUGUGGCAUCCCGUGCCGGGGACUACCUACGAAGCUACUGACCUGACUAUCUCGGCAGGCACACAUACAGCAACUCACUCUUCCCCCAUCGCAACCUUCGGUCUCUUCAGCUAUGGCUUAACAAACCUCGAGGCGUAUGGCUAUCCAGGCGGCCUCCGUCUGGCCCAGAUCGGUGGAGCCUGCACCCCCACCCAGACUGUCGCAAACGACCGCGUCGACAACGACUGCGACGGGCGUGUGGACGAAGAGCUGAGGAACGGCAUCGACGAUGACGGCGAUGGACUGAUCGACGAAGACAUCGCCAGUGGUGAAUCGACUGAAGACCUGACCGGGUCCAGGAUCACAUCCAGCCAUCCGGUGUCCGUGCUGAGCGGAAACCUGUUCACCGUGAUAGGGAACAAUCAGCAAGGGUCUGGCGACCACAUUGUGGAGAUGAUGCCACCCGUGGACACCUGGGGGAAGGAGUUCGUCACCGCCCCGAUUGCAAAACGGACCGCUGGCGACAUCUUCCGAGUUGUGGCUGCCAGAGACAACACAGAGGUGACUGUUACCGGCCGAAACCCGAGGAAUCUGGACGCAGGGCAAUUCUGGGAAUUUGAGGCUGGUUCGAACGAGUACUUGCACGUGACCUCCAACGAACCAGUACUGUUGGUACAAUACAGUAAAACAGCAGCUGCCGACAACACGGACACCGACCCGUUCUCCAUGAUCAUCCCUCCUGUGGCCCAGUUUGAGGCAGAUUACACCUUUUCAACGGUCGAGCUCCUCUACAACGGUGGCGCCGGAACCACGCACCACGUGAACCUGGUCAUCCAGUCGGCUGACAAAGCUGGUAUCAUAUUCGAUGGACAACCGUUGCCGGGCAGUACCGUAUGGAAUCCCGUGCCGGGGACUACCUACGAAGCUACUGACCUGACUAUCUCGGCAGGCACACAUACAGCAACUCACUCUUCCCCCAUCGCAACCUUCGGUCUCUUCAGCUAUGGCUUAACAAACCUCGAGGCGUAUGGCUAUCCAGGCGGCCUCCGUCUGGCCCAGAUCGGUGGAGCCUGCACCCCCACCCAGACUGUCGCAAACGACCGCGUCGACAACGACUGCGACGGGCGUGUGGACGAAGAGCUGAGGAACGGCAUCGACGAUGACGGCGAUGGACUGAUCGACGAAGACAUCGCCAGUGGUGGUACCGAUGUUGGUCGUCGACCGAUCUUCAAGAUCUCAACUAUCUACCCAUCCUUGCCACAAGGUUAA